AUGUCUUCCCCGUAUUUGAGCCAGGCACCGCCGUCGCCGCCAGAGAGCCCCUCCGAAGCCACAGUCGAAGUACACGCUCUUUCCGCUGGUCAUUUCUCGCUUCCGGAACGGUUCUUUGUACAUCCAGCCUCGCAGACCGCCCGAAGAACCGUUCCCUCUUUGUCUUUUUUGAUUAUCCACCGAGAUCAAGAGUCGGGUCAAACAACACGGAUAGUGUUCGACCUCGGCCUCCGCCGAGACAUUAACAGGUACUCGCCACCGAUCCAGAAACAUGCCGGGACGAGACAGCCCAUGACAACUCUCCCCGACGUGACUGCCAGUCUCGCUAAAGGGGGAUUGACACCCGACGACAUUCAUUAUGUCAUCUACUCUCAUGUCCAUUGGGAUCAUGUAGGAGAACCUCGAGACUUCGCUAAAAGUACCUUUGUGAUCGGGAGCGGCGCGAAUGCGUUGCUGCAAGGCAAUGGAUCACUACGAGGGAGUCACUCAUUCUUCGAGUCUGAUCUACUACCCGCGGAGAGAACGAUCGAGCUUUCCAACCCUUACGAAGACGUAGAGGAAGAGGCGAAGAGACAGUCCUUGGGAGCCCACGGUCCAAAUUUCUCUCAAGAAUGGAAGGCUCAUGGAAACCUACCUCGGACCCUCGACAUAUUCGGUGACGGCAGUCUCCUAAUCGUUGACGCUCCAGGUCAUCUUCCCGGUCACAUUAACCUACUGGCCCGGACUAGUCCUACAAGCAGUGUUUAUUUGGCCGGAGAUGCGUGCCACGACAGACGGAUCAUGAGGAAUGAGAGACAAAUUGGAGAGUGGCUUGACGAACAUGGCCAUAUCUGUUGUAUUCAUGCGGACAAAAAAGUGGCGGAGCAAACCAUUGAACGAAUCCAACAGUUGGAAUUGACUGGAGUCGAGGUCAUUUUUGCGCAUGAUUUUGAGUGGGAAGAGGAUCCAGCAAACCGAUCAAGGUUCUUUGGCAGCUCUUGA